AUGGGGACUUAUAUUCGAAAAACAAGCCAUGCUUCAGCAUCUCCUGACCUUAUUCGAAGGGCCAUUAAUUUGGUCUUUUCAUCUGCGCAUGAGAAUGACUUGGAAGAAUACCUUCACCAAUCAGCUGAUAUCUACUUUGGGCUCUCUCCGAAGGAAGUCAGAAAGAUGGCCUGGCUUUAUGCCACCAUGCGGAAGCUAAAUUUUCCUGAAACGUUGAAUACCAAUAAAGAGGCUGGAGUGGAUUGGUUCAGUGGGUUCCUCAAGCGAUACCCAAUUCUCUCCAUUAGGAAACCUGAAGCAACUUCCCUGGCACGGACAUCUGCUUUUAACCAACAUAAUGUGGAUCUAGCAAAUUUUGACAACAUUGACAUUGAUGAAGCCCAAAUUGUCUCAGAAGCAGUGCCAUCUCCCCCAGUUCCGCGACAAAAAUCUCCUCUGCAAGAAUUGCUGCCACUACCCAAAGCUGGACCAAGAAAGCAAACCAAAAACAACGGCCGUCGUAAAAGAACAACCGCUAUUUUGACCAACACUCCGGUUAAAGCAGUCAUCGAAGCAGAGAAGAUGGCUGUAAAGAGCAAAGCUGCUAGAAAGAUGUUUCCGGAUCAAGCUGGUUCCUCCAAAAAGAAGCGGAUGCCGAAAAAAGCAAUUGGAGCAACUUGCCCCGUUGGCAUAGGCAACCUGCCCCCGGGAUGGGGUGUGGGACGCUUCUAA